CCAACGCUAUCUCCGGUCCCGUUCCUUUAACCGACCCUCCCAUAAUGCAUUGCGGCACAGCGCUGUGCGCGUGUAUUUUGGACAGGAUUCUGAAAGCUGUCAGAAAAAAUGGAAACCCAGUUUAUUAAUGAAGAAGAAGAUGAGUAUAAACAGUUUCUGGGUCUGCACAUUGCUGCUCUGAAGGCGGCUCGGAUUCCACCGUUGUACUGGAAAAGUUUGUACUAUAAACUAAAACAUGAGGUGUUUGAUGCCGGAGAGGUGUUUGGCAUCAUGCGCGUGGCUGGGGAAAAUGAGGAUGAAGAGGAUGAGGAAGAUGUGCGAAAAACGUCCAACCCUGGUCAUGAAGAGUCGUAUAAAGUGAUUGUAACUCGAGAAAGUGGCCUGCAAGCUUCUGAUCCGACCAGCGUAUACUUGGUGGAUCACGCGUGGACGUAUCGUGUGGAAAGUGCUAGGCAGCAGCUGAUGGAGAUUCCUGGGCUGUUGAUUCGAAUGGCCGGUCUGAUGGGACUUCCUUUCCACGGCGAGGCUCCUGAUCCAGACAUCGUGGACCUGGUUUUGGACAACAUGUGGAAGUUUAAUCAAACCUAUCAGCUGUCUCAAGGGUCUGCAGAGGAGAAGGUGCCUGUCUGGUACAUAAUGGAUGAGUUUGGCUCCCAUGUGCAACAUUCGUCUCAGCCGUCCUGCUGUAUGGCUCCUCUGUUUUACGCUCCUCAACAGAUCGCAUAUUCUGUGCUCUGGACUCUGCAGGAUCUGGAGAAUGGAGAUGAGGUGACGAGGGAUUACUGUUACGGGGAGCCUGAUUCGCUGGUGAGGAAGUGUCGACUGUUCCCUUGGAUACCCACUAACCUGGAAGGAGUGAGCGAUGAGACUGAUGAGCCUGCUGACAUUUACUAUGAGACCAUAUUACAGGAGAACAAAGAGAAGCUCCCAAUGAAAGUCCAAGCCUCCAGCGUGCCUGAUGGGAAAGUAUUAAAGGUGUACACAGAGAUGAAGCAAGUUUUGGAGCAUCUGAAACAUCCACGAUUCAUCUUCACCGAGCAAGACGAUGAAGCAGACGUACUCUGGAUGUAUUCUCACAUUCGUGAUUAUAAGAAGCUGAGCGAGGAGCGACCGCACGUCUUACUGAACCAGUUCCCCUGUGAGACAAUCGUAACCACGAAGGACUGCCUGGCAUCAGUGGCACGGAGAGCCAGGCGAGGAGGACAUGCACCAUGGUGGCUUCCCACCACCUUUAAUCUUCAGACAGAGCUCCCACAGUUUAUCAGACAUUACCUCCAGAGGCAGGACAGAGGAGAAGAUAAUCACUGGAUCUGCAAGCCCUGGAACCUGGCCAGAGGUUUGGAUACACACAUCACUAACAAUCUCGACUACAUCAUUCGACAGAGAGAGAGCACCCCGAAGGUGGUGUGUAAGUACCUGGAGGACCCUGUGUUGUUUAACCGAGAAGAGGUGGGUUUGGUGAAGUUCGACAUCCGUUACAUGGUACUGCUGCGUUCCGUGCAGCCUCUGAGACUCUACGCCUACAAGGUCUUCUGGCUCCGUUUCGCCAACAGGCCAUUCUCUCUGGAUCAUUUUGAUGAUUAUCAAAAGCACUACACGGUAAUGAACUACGCUGAUGGUGUUCAGCUAAAACAGGUCCACUAUGACGAGUUCAUCCCUAUGUUUGAAAAGCAGUACGCAGAAUAUCCGUGGAAAGAGGUGGAGGGGGAUAUCUUCAAGGCAUUUGCUGAGCUUUUUCAUGCAGCGUCAUCCCGCCCUGCACCGUACGGCAUCGGUGUGUAUCCGUCCUCCAGAGCGAUAUAUGCAAUCGACCUGAUGCUGAAAUGGGAACGGACAGAAGGAGGACAUCGUGUAAUGAAGCCUCAGAUCCUGGAGGUGAAUUUUAACCCGGACUGUGCACGGGCCUGUCUGUACCACCCCGACUUCUAUAACCACAUGUUCCAGACACUGUUCCUGGAUCAGGCUGAUCAGUGUCCUGUCACUCAGAUUGUCUAACUCCACUGGCUUUCAGCACAUGCUGGAGCAAGUUUAUUGCUUUUUUAAGGUUAAUUAAAGGUGAUGUGAUGCUUAA